AUGGAUUUCCUUUCGGAGAUUAUCGGUGAAGCUGUUGUUUUGAGUAUUGACUCCUUAAUCCUUGGAUUUUGUGUGAAACAGCUUAGUAAAUGUAAACAUAUACUAAAUGCAUUACAGACAGCUCCUGUCCUUGAUAUUGAUAACAAUCUAAAAAAGGAGAUCCAAAAGUAUCCCAAUCAUGUGAUACCCUAUGUAGUCGUAAGGGGCCUUGUAAAACCAUUGGGUAAUCCCAUUACAAGUAAUUACAAUCAAUCAGUUACUGGAGUUAUUCAAAGAUUAACUAUAAAGGAACAUGUUAUAGCACGAACAUCGGCAGGUUUCUGGUCAGAUCAGACUCGUACAAUCCAUGAAGCAUGCAAUUCUACACCAUUCGUAUUAACCGAUGGAAAGUAUAGUAUUGAGGUUGUAGAUGCUUUAGCCGCUGAACUCUUAGAUUUGGAUGUUAUUUCUGAUAAAUUUGAGCCCAUGUCGCCUGGUGUGAUCGAUCAUGUUUGGGGUUUCUUCUCUGGUGUCAGGCAAAGAGGCCUCCAGACUAUGGAAGAGAUGUUAAGAGAUGGUUCCUAUAUAACAGCCAUUGGGGAACUAAGUAGAAAUAACUCAGGACUAAAGAUACAACCACCAAGAGAUGGACUACCACUUUAUCUUACUACUGCUACCAAGUCUAGCUUAUUAAAAAGGCUAGCAAGUUCUAGAGAUCUAUUAAGAGUGUUUUUGGUGCUAUUUGGAGCUGUAGCCGUUAUUGCAUCUGGUCGGAUUGCCCAUAAGUAUAUCAAGCGAAGGAGAAGACGUGUUGCAGAAGAACAUUUAAAAAAGCAGUUAGCGGCCGGACGGAAAGAGAGACGCGCGCAAAAUCGGGAUAGAAAUCUUCAUGAUGUUCAACUUUGUGUUGUUUGUACAGACAAUCCAAAAGAGAUAAUACUACUACCAUGUGGACAUGUCUGCCUUUGUGAAGAUUGCUCUGAAAAUAUUCAGGACACCUGCCCAGUUUGCCGCGAAAGAAUCCAGUCUCGCGCACCUGCCUUUAUUGCCUAG